UUAUUCAGCAGCUUUCACUGGACUCUAUGAAGCUGAGGGAGUUCAUUCUACAGGGUGAUGCAAAACUGUUGGCCAGCAGGUUAUUCCUUAUCUGGGCUAUACCUUGGCACCCCUGUCCGUCAUUGGCCUAAAUCUGCCCAAACUUUGUUUUUUUUUUAAUGGACAAUGCAUUCUGGGAAGUCCUGCCUCUCUUAAGAAGGUCAGAAUGUUACCUGAGACAGGUAAAGCGUACCAGCAUGCAUUGCCAGUUGAAAAGUCUCAGCUGUCUCAGGAAGCCGAUUAGCUACACGCAGGGUUGAAAUGAAAGUGUGCUCAAUAUUUCACAGCCAAAGACUUGGCAACUGGUUUUUGAUGAGCGUCCGCAGUCUGCAAGGAAAAGACUGCGCAGUGCAAGGAGGGGGGUGCAGUCUGAAAAGUAGUAAAAUUUGACAGAUCUCAGCUAUGUCGUUUAAAAGGGAGGGCAAUGACCCGAGCCAGCUGAACGUGCUCAAGAAACGUAGAGUCGCAGAACUUCUAUCCCAUUUCAUCCCAGAAGAUGAGGCUGCUUUACUGAAGAAUGGCAGGUACACUUGCUUGGUUUGUUCCUACCGUCCUGUCUUUGACACAGUGGACAUGCUGACCGUCCACAGGGCUGGCAAGAGACACCUGGAGGACCCCGAAGCAAGGCGCGUGCAGCUCCUGUGCUCGUCCUUCGGCAGCGAGACGCCAAAACAGCGCUGUUUGCUCCUAUGGACGAGACUCUGCCGCAGGCAGCAGCAGCAGUUUGAUGCAGAGUUCACCCCCCUGGAGGUUCCUGGUCCUGCACCCCUAUUGGUUCAAACCCGUAGGAUUACCCAUCAUGCUCUCCUGAAGUCCGCACCCUACAGCAGCUGUCACCAGAAGAAGCCCAGAUUUGUGAUCCAGCCCGGGUCGGGUCGGAUCGGAUCGGGGGUGGGGUCCAAAUCAUUUCAACUCCCAGUUCCCUUUUAAAAUCAAUUCCCAUUCUCUUUUAACCCUUAGCGGUCCAUUUAUUCAGUG